UCAAAAUCCAUGGAGUCCCCUACCGAAACCCUAGGUCACCAGCCCCCGUCCGAAGCCCCCGCCGGCAACAACCACUACCCACCGGAGUCCCUCGUCUCCGACUACAACGACCCCUCCCCGCCGCCUCCUCCUCAAACCCUAGCCGCCGCCGCCGCCGCCGGGAACGGCAAUCCCUCCGACGCCAGCAAGGCGGUUGCUCUGCUGAUCUCGGAGAACGGAGCGGCCAACACGCAGAGCGGGACGACGGACAGGGAAGUCUCCGGCGGGGAGGAGGAGACCACCAGCAGGCGGCGCCGCCGCAGCCGCUGGGACCCGCAGCCUGAGUCGGAGAGCCAGGGGGACGACGCCGGCGGCGGGAAGAGGAAGCGGAAGUCGCGGUGGGCGGCCGAGGAGCCGAAGCCGGUGGUUCAGCUGCCGGAUUUCAUGGGAGGUAUUGAGUUCGAUCCUGAAAUUCAAGCUUUGAAUAGUCGGCUACUUGAGAUUAGUCGGAUGCUCUCGUCGGGUUUGCCGUUGGACGACAGGCCGGAAGGAGCGAGGUCUCCGUCGCCGGAGCCGGUGUAUGAUAACAUGGGGAUUAGGAUCAAUACUAGAGAGUUUCGAGCGCGUGAGAGGUUAAACAGAGAGAGGCAGGAGAUUAUUGCUCAGAUUCUUAAGAGGAACCCUAACUAUAAGCCCCCGGCGGAUUACAGGCCGCCGAAGCUUAACAGGAAGCUUUACAUUCCCAUGAAGGACUACCCCGGUUACAAUUUCAUCGGGCUUAUAAUCGGCCCGAGGGGGAAUACUCAGAAGCGGAUGGAGAAGGAGACCGGGGCGAAGAUUGUCAUUCGGGGGAAGGGGUCUGUGAAGGAAGGGAGAUUGCAACAGAAGAGGGAUUUGAAGCCCGACCCGUCGGAGAAUGAGGACUUGCAUGUUCUGGUCGAGGCCGAUACGCAGGAGGCGCUGGACGCUGCGGCCGGGAUGGUGGAGAAGCUCCUGCAGCCUGUGGAUGAGGUGCUGAAUGAGCACAAGAGGCAACAGCUGAGGGAGCUCGCCGCGCUGAAUGGGACCAUUAGGGAUGAGGAGUAUUGUAGGCUGUGUGGGGAGCCCGGGCAUCGGCAGUAUGCGUGUCCGUCGCGGACGUCGACGUUUAAGAGUGACGUGCUGUGUAAGAUAUGUGGUGAUGGUGGGCAUCCUACUAUUGAUUGCCCGAUGAAGGGUACGUCUGGGAAGAAGAUGGAUGAUGAGUAUCAGAAUUUUUUGGCUGAGUUAGGUGGGACAAUGCCCGAGUCGGCAACUCGACAGACUGCUACUCUGGCUCUUGGCCCAGGGACUCCAGCGGGCAAUCCUCCGUGGUCUAACAGUGGUGGGAGUGCUGGUAGCAAUGCAUCACAUCCAGGGUUGGGUUUUUCUGGAAUGAAGCCUACGACAAAGGAGCACGACGACACGAAUCUUUACAUUGGAUACUUGCCGCCUACUCUCGAGGAUGAAGGUUUGAUCAGUAUGUUUUCACAUUUUGGUGAGAUUGUGAUGGCUAAAGUUAUCAAGGACAGGAACACUGGGUUGAGUAAAGGUUAUGGAUUCGUGAAGUACGCAGAUGUUCAGAUGGCUAAUAAUGCUAUUGCAAGCAUGAAUGGGUAUAAGCUUGAGGGUCGAUCAAUUGCUGUCAGAGUUGCUGGCAAGCCUCCCCAGCCUGUUGUGCCUCCUGGACCUCCAGCUUCCGCAAUGGGGUCAUACCCUGGUUCCAGUCAGCCUGUUGGUGCCUAUCCCUCCCAGCAGUUUACACCAGCUCCUGUCGGUAGUGCUCCACCUAUGUAUUCGGGUAAUCCAGUUCCAUGGGGACCCCCUGCUCCUCCCCCUUAUGCUCCUUAUGCACCUCCGCCGCCCCCUGGUUCAAACAUGUAUUAUCCUCCCAUGAGUCAGCCUAUGGCUGGUUAUGGUGCACGCUACCCUCCUCCCCCCGGCGCACCACCUCAGCCACCCUCCAGUGAAGCACCGCCGAGUUACCCUCCUCCAGGGGUUCAAUCUGAAAAUUCCACCCAACCUUUACCGGCUAAUAUGUAUGGGAGCUCUUUACCAGCGAUGCCACCAAAUGGCCAACAUACGUAUCCUGCAUCUUCAUAUGGUUACUCAUCUUACUACAAUGCAGUCCCACCUCCCCCUCCCUCGACUGCAGACCAAUCUCUGAACAUUGGUAAUGUGCCAUGGGCCACAAAUACUCCGCCUCCCCUUCCCCCUCCAGCCGCUCCUGCUUCUUCAGCAGAGAAACCAACCUUUGGUGCAGACGCAGAGUACGAGAAGUUCAUGGCAGAGACAAAAUAAUAUGGUCAUUUGAUUUUCUCCAAGUUAACAGGACUAACGUUUUCUUGGAGCUCUUGUCAACGUGAUUUCUUACCUCUUGCCAUGACUUUGUUGGAAGUUUGGGACUCACAUCUUUAACCUUGCUGUUAUGUUAUGACCUUUGCAGAGACUUGGCGGAACCUCAGUGAUUGCUCUUUGGAGAAGCUAAACCAUAUGAUUCAUAUUAUUUACAAUGCUUAUGUUGGACUUAAUUUUCUAUUUCUGUGCUUGCUGUUAAUGUCUUGUCACUAAUGUCUUUGUUAAGUUUUGUUCUGAAUAUUUGGUACUGAUGUUUAUGCUGCCAAGUUGACCAAGUGGGCUACAGCUUGAUUCUUACUUUUGUGAUUGCCUUCCCUGAAAAUAAGAAAUAUGUGAGAAGAUUUAAAACUAACCUGCA